AUGGACGGACUGGAAGCUAGGGAAGAGGCUGCUGGAAACCUAGAGCAGAGGCUGGUGGCAUUAAUGCCCCACCAGGAGACCUCUCCUCCACCAGAACUGUCCUCCCCCAUUCACUCAGCCCCCUGUCAGAGGAGGACUGGUGGAGGCACCAACUGCUGUGCAGAGAGCAUAAGGCUCAAGGUGGAUAAUCGUGAACCAGAUGAUAUUGUCAAGGAUAUAAUUUUCAGUACCAUAACCAGAAAAAUUAAUGAACUCCCAGAAGCAGAAAGGAAUCUCUUUGAACAUGGAUCAACAUAUAUUGGACUUAAUGCUGCUUUCUGUGGUCUAAGAGCAAAUAGUCUUUAUCAACACAUCUUAAAUGUGACACAGGCUCAUAUAGCUGCUGGCUUACCAAUCGCAGUGAUCCCAUUUAUUACAGCACAUGCAUCUUACAAAGGUUUUGUAAAUUUACCUUUGAAUACAGAUGAUUUGACUUGUGAAACCUGUACCAUAACACAGGUCUUAUAUCCUGUUUUCUUGGUGAUACCUAUGAAUGGUUGCAGAGCAGUUAGAUAUGAACCAGCCCUGCUACCAGAGAAAGGAAGCAUCUUAACUUACUGGACUAGAAUUUCUAAGCCUGUCUUUAGAAAGAUGUUACUUCCCAUUGCUCCGACUGUGUUUGUAGCAUACCUUGGAUCUAGACAAUAUAAACUAAUUAGAAAGUCUCUUCAGUUACCUGAAACUGGCCUGGAAAUUCAGUGACUGUUAAACAAAUGUGCACACAAAAAUAAAAUUGUAAUGUAUGAUUAAACAUCUAGGUGUGAAUUUUAAAAAGAUUAUAAGGAAUACUAUGAAUAACUGUAUGCUAACAAAUUAAAUAAGUAGGAGAGACAAAUGCCUAAAAGAGACAUGGAAAAAUUGACUAUUGAAAUUGAAUUAAAAAAGAAAUAGAAAACUCAAAUAGACCUAUAACAAGUAAAAAGAUAGAGGUAUAAUUAGAAAACUACCAAAAUAAAAUUUUCAGGCCCAGAUAUCUUCACUAGUGAAUUCUACCAAACACUGAAAUAAGAAUUAAUACCAACUCUUCACAGACUCUUCAAAAAAAUAGAAGAGGAUGAAACACUUUCAAAUCAUUCUAUUAUACCAGUAUUCCGCUGACACCAAAACCAGAAGACAUCACUAGAAAAGAAAAUUGACCAAUAGCUUCUGUGAAAACAGAUACAAAAUUCU